UAUAGCAACACAAACGCCAUCUUUGGCCGACAGGGUGCUGCACUGAAGCAGAGUUAUUGGGUCGAAACUAGGUCAGGCGUCUGGAAAACCCGAAGACUUUUUUGAAGAUCUCCACUAGGAACCCUUUGGUGUUGGUGUUCAGUAAAGUUCGGCUAACACCGUGUUGUCGUACGGUCCAAUGUGUUUGAUCGCUUGGCCAGCACGUACGCAGUUUUAUUUUGUCGGUCCCGGUUGAUCCGCUGUAAAUAAACAACCAACAGUGGAGCUGAAAGCCAGAAUGAAACGAAGUUUCCAAGAGAAUGAGCAGGAGGAAGGAGGAGGCCCCAGCUGGGGGGGUCAGAAGACUAUCAAAUGGUCCGCUAAGCAGGGGGGAGAGGAGGAACUGGAGGAGGAGGAGGAGGCAGCCAGCUGGGAGUGUUUGCCACAGGAGCUCCUGCUUCACAUUUUCCAGUACCUCCCGCUGCUGGACAGGGCUUAUGCUUCUCAGGUAUGCCGGGGCUGGAAUCAGGCUUUCCACAUGCCAGAGCUGUGGCGCUGCUUUGAGUUUGAGCUGAACCAGCCAGCCAGCUCCUACCUGAAGGCCACACACCCAGAUCUAAUCAAACAGAUCAUCAAAAAACACUCCAACCACCUCCAGUAUGUCAGCUUCAAGGUGGACAGCAGCAGAGAGUCUGCAGAGGCAGCGUGUGACAUCCUCUCUCAGCUGGUGAACUGCUCUUUGAAAACUCUGGGACUCAUAUCCACAGCCAGGCCCAGCUUCAUGGAGAUGCCUAAGUCCCACUUUAUUUCUGCUCUGACGGUGGUUUUUGUCAACUCCAAAUCCCUGUCCUCUCUGAAAAUCGACGACACGCCUGUGGAUGACCCUUCUCUUAAAGUCCUGGUGGCCAACAACAGCGACACACUCAAGCUGCUGAAAAUGAGCAGCUGCCCUCACGUUUCUCCUGCAGGCAUCAUGUGUGUGGCUGAUCAGUGCCACGGUCUGAGAGAACUGGCUCUGAACUACCACUUAUUGAGUGAUGAACUCCUCAUCGCCCUCUCCUCAGAGAAGCAUGUUCACCUGGAGCACCUUCGCAUUGACGUGGUCAGUGAGAACCCAGGCCAGCAGUUCCACACUAUCAAGAAGAGCAGCUGGGACGCCAUGGUGCGCCACUCCCCCAAAUUCAACCUGGUCAUGUACUUCUACCUCUACGAGGAAGAGUUCGACCCUUUCUUCCGCGACGAAAUCCCCGUCACACACCUGUACUUCGGCCGCUCCGUCAGCAAAGACGUGCUGGGCCGGGUUGGGCUCACCUGCCCCCGUCUGGUUGAGCUGGUGGUGUGCGCCAACGGGCUGCGGCCCCUGGACGAGGAGCUCAUCCGCAUCGCCCAGCGCUGCACGCAGCUUUCCGCCAUAGGCCUGGGAGAGUGCGAAGUGUCCUGCAGCGCCUUCGUGGAGUUUGUGAAGAUGUGUGGAGACAGACUGAAACAGCUGUCCAUCAUGGAGGAAGUGCUGGUCCCUGAUCACCGUUACGAGCUGGACGAUAUCCACUGGGAGGUGUCAAAGCAUUUGGGUCGCGUCUGGUUCCCAGACAUGAUGCCCACAUGGUAGACAGCUGGAGAAUGUAAAGGUUCGGUGGGGGUUUCAAUUCGGUUUUCCUCAUUUUUACAGGUACAAGGCAACAACGCCUCUUAGUUCUUGAUCUCAUUUGUUCUUUUUUUUAUGUUUCAUUCAUUACAGCACCACCUCGCAGAUGCAUGUACGUAUAUAAUUUAAUCACUUCCAUCAUUUAGCAUGUUUCUCUCCUGAGCCUUUCAGGCUUGUUUUUAUCCGUGCAUCAUUUGUUUGGUUUCUGCAGACUUCUGGAAUCUGUAAGGCUUUGAGGAAUAACGUGUCACAGAGAACCGGUUCCAUGUCUUUGUUGGUGAGAUGCAGGCAGAGACUUUAUGUAAAUAUGAGAAUAUAGUAGAUAUUUUUGCCUUGUAAGGGUAUAAAUAAAAUCCUUUUAAUAAAAGGAAGCAGCUUCAUAGAGAUGGAUUUAAUAAACCAAGUAUAACUUGUCUGCACACUAUAAUGUGCGUGAGGUCGAUCAGAGGGUAAUUUGUUUAAUCUUCGUGGUAGGAAAAAGGUAAUAGCAGUACAUGCAUUAGAAAGGUUGAUCAGCAAUAUAAGCUAGGUUGGUUGUGGUUAAUCUGUGUGUGAACUGUUGUGGAAGAUAUAUUUUUAAAUCUUAUUUGUGUUGUUAACUCGUCUUUUUAAAGAAGCUGUCUCUAUGUGAUACAGACGGUGGAGGUCAUGAGAUGGCAGUCUGAUACGCAGAGAUGGUUUCUGUCCAAUAUUUUAGCUCUUAACGGUUUUCCUUCAUAGAGCGCUACUUCCUAUCUCAAUUUAUCAUCUCCUGUUUCCAACAACAACUGGCUGGCCAUGAGGAUCUUGUAAAUAUCUACUGUUUUAAUUAUGUUUUUUGUCAUUUAACUAUGACAGUAUCAAUUCUGUAUGUCAAAUUAUCCUGUACAUACCCAAAAAUUGUUAAUAUUUAAAGUACAGAUGUUAUUAUGCAGUAUAAUUGCACAUGUAAUGUAUAGCUUGUUUCACCUUUUGUUUAAUGAAGGUCUCACACUUGGCAAAGCAAGCUUUUGUGGUAAUUAUUUUACAAUUAUAAUUUUUUUUUAAUUCUGUUUUAUCUUAAACAUUUUAACUUUAAUAAUUUGGAACUAUGAGGUAAUAUAUGAGAAUAAAAAAACUUGGAAACAAAAAAUGACGGAGUACAAUAAACUACUGUCGUCUACGUGAGGGAGGAACUAUAAUCGUUUUCUAGUUUACGCGAGUUAAAAUACCUAAUGUAGGUUUAUGGCAGUAAGGAAAAUGAAAACAUAUUCAAUUAUGAAUCCCUAAGAUUUAUAGAGGUUUUUUUAACUUUCGAUAUAAAUAUAUUUAACUAAACAUAUUGGUGUUGUGGUCAUUUUGGUUUUUAUUAAAAGAAAAAAAGCUGUGGACAAUAUAAACAAAAAAUAUGGUGAUUCUUUUUUUGAAAGAAUAAGGAAAAUCUUUUGAACCCCUGAUUUUACCAAAAUGUAAAAAAAAUUGAAUUUCUAACAAUGAAGUUAUUAACUUGAUGUUAGAAAGUAAAGUUGAUUAUUCAGUGAAGGAGAGAAGCCUUUGCGUUUGACUGAAAGGAGACAUGGAACUGACUUGCUUAAAAUAAUACAAAGCACUAAAAGGCUAAAUUCUUAUCGAAAGUUCAAAGAAAUGGCGAAUGUUGGAUGCUGAAAAAACUGACUUCAGUUGAAAUAGAAAAAGGUUUAUGAUGACUUCUACACCCCUCAUUUCUGUUUUUCUAGAACAAUGCUGUCCCACUCUAUGCUUUACUUUAAAUUGAUAUGGUGCAGCCAUCUUUUAUUUAACACAAUGUGUCUCUAUUAUUUGUACAUCUAAUAUCCUGCUGCUCUGUUAUAGAUCCAUCCUGUGUUGAUGCCGCCCCCAUUAAUGAAAACUAAUACUUUGAUUUGAAUUGUUGUGUUUGUAAAUACAUGCCAUCUGCUGGUUAGUGUGGUUAAACGCCUCUUAUUACCCGUGCAAGUGCGUUACUGUCGCAUCUCACGCAUGGGAUGGAGAGCUGCUGUUUCUUUUGAGAGUUCAGCUGCAUUUAAGUUAUAUUUUCUCUAAAUAAAACUGUAUAAUACUGAGAUUUAUUUUGAAAGGAACUUGUACUUUCCCCCCCAGAGUUAUACGAUAGUUUAUAAUGUCAUUAAAAAUACUGGUUAAAACAACUCUUGU